AUAUAGUAGUACUAAAUGUUCGGCCCUUGCCGCUUGCGGCCUUACCCCCAGUCAUUUUGGAUUUUCCAAAAGUGAACUGCAAAUAUUUCGCUGUUUGUUAAUCAGAUGGCGAUCCACCUUGCGGAAAUGUCGCCUCCUGCUUUCAGAGCAACAUUCCCUGGUGUAGUGUACCAAGUGGGUAAUAUGGCAUCCAGCGCAAGUGCACAGAUUGAGGCCAUUGGCGGAAACAACCUCAAAACCACUAUUUCCGUCCCCGAUAGCAUGACAAAUCCCACAGGGCAGGAAGUCGUUCCCGACUAUGGGAGAGUACAAGGUAUACUAAUUGGAUGUGUUGCAGCGUUCACAAUCAUUGUGACUGCCGUUGGUCCUGAACAUCACGGGUACGAGUUCGAGAAGCACCGGGUAGCCUUUGAAGAGGGUGUAGCAGAUAAUGAUGCGGUGCUGACUGAAGAGGUACCAGAGGAGAUGGACGAAGCUUUCGCAGGAAAAGAUGAUGCCAUAAUGGUCGGAAAUGUUUAAGUCUCGAGUUCGAGAUGGCUGUUGAACUGUUCAGCUUUGAAGAAUAUUUUUCAAACCCACCGCACGACUUCGUCGAUAUCUAUGUAUAAGGAGAUACAUGGCUUGCAUAUUCGGCCGUUCCCGAACUCGUUGAAACUGAUAACCCUCCCAUGUUCUGAUGACUGCAUAUUUCAGUACUUGAGUGUAAAGAUAGGUGGUUAUAGUCCUAAUCUCAGUUCAAAUUGGCCUUAGUAAAUAAAGCAGUACGCGUUUCGU